GGCACUGCUCUAUAUACAUUUUAUCAGCUUGCACAACAACUAAAAAAUUUUAGAGCCAUCGCCAGCAAUGACGCAGUCUUUGAUCCAAAGUAGGAUCUAGGCAUUGGAGUACCUCUGUGUGUCCACGACAAGUACAUAGGCAAAAAAACAAGCAGAUUGGAACAAGUUUUUAACGAUGACAAAACAGGACACAAGGGAUACCAAAAGAACCUCCAAAUGGUUCCCCUCGCAUGCAACGACGAUGGCAAGAAAAGAUAAUACCAAAGACAAAGAUGAUCCCGAGGAAUCAGAGAUUUCGAUGCACCACCGCGAAGCGCAAAUAUAUAUGAGCACCUGACAACUGACACUGAUGGUAUCACCAGAUCAUCACAUCAGUAUCUGCCAUGGCCGUCUUUGGAGCUCCGGUGCUCGUCGCCGUCGCCCUGGCAUGCGCGGGCCUCCUGUGGCUUCGGUCACGGAUCAGCUCGUCCAAGGAGAUGAGGGACAUCCCGGGCACGAUGGGUUGGCCGGUGAUCGGCGAGACUUUCUCCUUCAUCUCCGACUUCUCGAGCCCCGCGGGGAUCCUGAGCUUCAUGCGCGACCGGCAGCGGCGGUUCGGCAAGGUGUUCAAGACGUACGUGCUGGGGCGGAUCACGGUGUUCAUGACGGGGAGGGACGCCGCCAAGAUCCUGCUGUCGGGCAAGGACGGCGUCGUCAGCCUCAACCUCUUCUACACGGGCAAGCAGGUCCUGGGCCCCACCAGCCUGCUCACCACCAACGGCGACGAGCACAAGAAGCUGCGCCGCCUCAUCGGCGAGCCGCUCUCCAUCGACGCGCUCAAGAAGUACUUGGGGUUCAUCAACGACCUCGCCGUCCAGACGCUCGACACGUGGCACGGACGCAGCAGGGUCCUCGUGCUGGAGGAGGCCUCGUCGUUCACGCUCAAGGUGAUCGCCAACAUGCUGGUGAGCUUGGAGCCGGAGGGUGAGGAGCAGGAGAAGUUCCGGGCAAACUUCAAGGUGAUCUCGUCGUCGUUCGCGUCGCUGCCGCUCAAGCUCCCCGGCACGGCGUUCCACCGGGGACUCAAGGCCAGGAACCGGAUGUACGCGAUGCUGGACUCGGUGAUCGCGAGGCGGCGGAUCAGGGACGGCGGCGGCGAGGCCCCGAGCGACUUCCUGCAGACGCUGCUGCGGAAGCACGCCGGCGACGAGGCCGACAAGCUCACGGACGCGCAGCUCAAGGACAACAUCCUCACCCUGCUCGUCGCCGGCCACGACACCACCACGGCGGGCCUCACCUGGCUCGUCAAGUUCCUCGGGGAGAACCCCGACGUCCUGGCAAAGCUACGGGAGGAGCACCUGGAGAUCAAGGAGAGGCUCAACGGCUCGUCGCGUCUCAGCUGGUCUGAUGUCAACAACAUGCCUUACACAAACAAAGUGAUGAACGAGACCCUGAGGAGAGCAACCAUCCUGCCAUGGUUCUCAAGGAAAGCCGCGCAGGACUUCAGCAUCGACGGGUACGAGAUCAAGAAGGGGACGUCGGUGAACCUGGACGUGGUGUCCAUCCACCACGACCCGUCCGUCUUCGCCGACCCAGAGCGCUUCAAUCCCAACAGAUUCGACGAAACGCUCAAGCCGUACAGCUUCCUGGGGUUCGGGAGCGGGCCGCGGAUGUGCCCCGGGAUGAGCCUGGCAAAGCUGGAGAUCUGUGUCUUCGUCCACCACCUUGUCUGCCGGUACAGCUGGAAACCGCUGGAGAACGACGACACGGUGCAGCCGACGCUGGUGCGGAUGCCCAAGAACAAGUACCCCAUCAUACCAACCGCGCUCUAA